AUGCACUAUACAGACAGGUUCCUUCUCUUUGCAGUGACCGCCGUUGCUUGUCCGGCCGCAACGAUAGCCGCACAGGGCUCUUGGGAACAAUGCGGUGGCUUCAGUUGGACCGGCAGCACCAUAUGCCAGGCAGGCUGGACCUGCAUGGUCCAGAAUCCAUGGUAUUCGCAGUGUUUGCAAACCAACAGUGGCCCAGACCCAGUGACAUCUUCACCACCGGCCCAGCCAGUCGCCUCUAGUUCACCUCCACUGGCAAAUACCAAGACUAGCUCCAGCAAGGGCCCAACCUCGACGAGCCCUGCUACCGGAGGCAAUGGUAUCCCAUAUAAAGCAUCUAUCACCCACUACGGUGCCGGCGACACCUUCGGUUCUCCAAACUGUAACACCAACACAGCAGCGUGUGCCUUCUACACCUGGCCUGGCUUCAGUGCUGCCGUGAGUGAGAACCUCUAUGGCGUUGGUCCCGGUGCUGGCGCUGGCCCUGCUUGCGGUACAUGUUGGAAAAUUACUGGUCAAACAGACUCGUCUGGUAACCCGUUGAGCAACGCCGGAACAAGCGUGGUCGUCAUGGUCAACAAUCUGUGUCCCAAGCAAGGAAAUCCGCUGUGCUCCCAGAGUGACCUGAGUGACACUAACCAAUAUGGUGCGAACGUCAACUUCGACCUGUGCAGUGACAGUGGUGCUCAGGCCGCAUUCUUCGGCAACAAUGGUGUGGGGCUCGCUAUUGGCACUGCGAUUCAGGUUGAUUGCUCGCAGUGGUCAGGCACAAUCGUCCACUAG